CCUCGCUCUGCACACUCGUUCGAGGCUUGUUGACUGCGUAAGCCGGCGCUGGAUCUUUUUUGGUUCAGGAACCUGACCUGAAAAUACGGUGCGGACAGUCCCGCCGCAAGGUCGCGCCUCAAAGUCCAACGGUUUUCCAACGCCGGGCGUUUCGUCGCCGCAGUGAAGCAGCAGCAGCAGGAGCAACGGCAGUUGGCGCAGAUUCAGUUCCGCGUCUCGCCAUGCUGUGAUCGUUGUGCAAUCGAUUCCCUCUUUACUCUCUCCCUGCUUAAAAUCAAGUCUUUUACGUUUCCCCUCUUAUUUUUUUUAAAAAAUUCUAAUCUCGCCCAUUGCCAUACCCGCGCCUCAUCCUAACGGGGAACGCACGACGCCGUCGCCGCCGCUGCAUUAAUCAUCCCAACCGGCCUCACGCGCGAACCGACGAUGGCGCAACACCGCGAUGGCUCCGGACCACCUGCCGCCAACGGCGCACCGACGCAGCCGCUCUCCAAGUCGGACACCGCAGCGCCGAAGUUGAAUAACGAGGUUGAACUGGGGAACAUGCCGAAGGAGACGCCCCAGCCCGACAUCAUGCAGAUGGCGAGAAUAGGGGACAUUGCCGGCAUGGAGAAGCUCUUCGAGACGGGCGACUACGACGCGACCUACGCAGACGACGAGGGCAUCACGCCGCUCCAUUGGGCCGCGAUCAACAACCAGUACGCCAUGUGCAAGUUCCUGAUCGCGCGCGGCGCCCCGGUGAAUAAAAAGGGCGGGGAGAGCGUCGCUACACCCCUCCAGUGGGCCGCGCAGCGAUGCCACUACUACACCGUCCACCUGCUCCUCCAGCACGGCGCCGACCCGCUGAUCACCGACGCCCAGGGCUACAACACGCUCCACAUCAGCACCUUCAACGGAAACCUCCUCCUCAUCAUCCUGCUCCUCCACCAGGGCAUUCCGGUCGACGUCGAGGACGCCUACGGCCACACGGCCCUGAUGUGGGCCGCCUACAAGGGGUAUCCGGCCUGCGUCGACGCCUUCCUGCGGUGGGGGGCCAGCGUGCACGCCAAGGACGAGCAGGGCUUCACGGCGCUGCACUGGGCCCUGGUCAAGGGCAGCGCCGGGUGCAUCCAGAAGAUCAUCGAGUACGGCGCGGACCGGUUCGCCGAGACGUCGACGGGCAAGACGCCCGCCAUCACCGCCCGGGAGCUCAACACGACGGCCGCCUGGCACAAGGCGCUGUACGACUGCGGCUACGACGAGGACGGCAACCCGAUCGUGCCCAGCUGGCCGGGAGCGAGCUACCUGCUCAAGGACCGCCGCGCCUUCACCACAAAGUUCUUCUUCCUCUGGCCCUUUGUCCUGGUCUGGGCCACCCUCGUCAUCUUUGCCGGCAUGCCCGUCUACGCCGGCGUCCCCUUUGGCCUGCUGGCUGCCUAUACGGUCCAAUGGGUUGGCAGGCAGCUGCUUCACUAUGCGCCGCCAGAUAUGAGGCAGUUUGAGAAGACGCCUUGGAUGGCCGGCAUCUUUGCUGCUUCUCUCACUCUGGUGGGGUUAAACUGGUUCUUCACCAUCCUCCCGGCUACGGCUUUCGGCGAUGCCGGCACAUGGUUUUGGAACUUUUUGUUUGCCCUUUACUUUGGCCUUACUGCCUUCUUCUACACCAGGGCCAUGGUUGACGACCCGGGCUUCGUGCCCAAGCUCAACGGCAUUGCCGAGCAAAAAGCCGUCAUCGAUGAGCUGAUUAGCCAGUGGAAGUACGACGAGGGGCACUUUUGUGUGACAUGCAUGAUCCGAACACCGCUCCGAAGCAAGCACUGCCGGAGGUGCCAGCGUUGCGUGGCCAAGCAUGAUCACCACUGCCCGUGGGUUUACAACUGCAUUGGUGUCAACAACCACCGGCACUUCAUCAUAUACCUUGUCAACCUGACCGUUGGCGUCCUGGUCUACGACGUCCUCGUUGCUCGCUACUUUUCCGCUCUGACACCCAUGGCGUCGGAAGAGUGCAACGUGCUCGCCCCCAACCUGUGCCGCGUGAUCAAUGCGGACGCCUACACCCUGCUCCUGGCCAUCUGGGCCUCGCUGCAGCUAACCUGGGUCUCGAUGCUGUUGUUUGUGCAGUUCCUGCAGGUGUCGCGCGGCAUGACAACGUACGAGAACAUGUUUGGCGUCAACACGCGGCCCCCGGCCUCUCUCGCCUCCGCCUUCACGUCGACUGGCACCCCGCUCGACCCGUCGGUCGCGCCGCCGGCCGGAUCCGACGUGGGCCCGCACGCGCCCGGCGGCGGGCGGCACGGACACCACCACCACGGCGGCGGCUUCCUACGCCACUGGGGCCGGCUGCUCGGCGUCGACACCUUCAUCCAGACGGCCAGGGGCCGGGGCGCGGCCAGCGGGGCGGCCGGCAGGAGGCGCGGCGCGGAGCGGAAUCCGUUCAACAGGGGCUGCGUGACCAACUGGAAGGACUUUUACUGGGAUCAGGCCCCGCUCUUUGGCCGCAGGGAGACGGGCGCCGCGGUCCUGGGCGGCCGGCCGGUCAACUACACCGAGUUGUACGAGAUCCCAACGGACAUCCCCAGGGCCGGCGGCGGCAGGAGAUCCGGCGGGUACGAGGCCGUCGCCGGGGAAGAGGUGUGAUUUCAGCUGUAUACACUCGAAGCGAAGGAAAAGAAAGUUGGGGGAGGCCGCCCCGGGGGGGGGGGGGGGUUGUCCUUGGGGUUCGGCUGCUCUACUUUGAUGACGUGUAUCCAUGCUCGGUAUUUUGGGAUGUGCCUCGAUCGAUCAAGGCGAGCGUGUACUGCAUGUGCAUUUGAGUUGGUCUAUGUCCUCUCUGACGUUUUGGGCGGCCUCGGAGUCUCUGGGACAGGGGAAGCGUUGUUGAUAUGUUUACGGUAGACGGGACGGCACCGUGGUUAUGGUAUGUGUUCACUGGCCGGCGUUCCACCUAAUAUAAAACAAUUCUUUUGAAUGACGCCAUUCGAGA